AUGUACACAGGCCGCAUCCUCCCCCCAAAUACAGACGAGGUCACCCUCGACGCCUUCUUCAACAGUGUUGCCAGCCACGUCGGUGCUGAAAAUGUCUCCAGAGACUACAUAGAAGGUGCAUCACCAGACCGUCAAGGUGCGUGUAGCUACGCCGACCCGUUCCCCAUCGCGCGAGACCAUACUCCUAGCGGUGCGGUACCUCCGCAGAAGGUCGAUGAAGUGCAGGCCAUCCUUAGGGACGCAAACCGGUUUCGAAUCCCAUUGUGGACGGUGUCUCGGGGGAAGAAUUUAGGGUAUGGCGGGUCGGCUCCGGUCGUGAAAGGAAGCGUGGUGUUAGACUUGCACCGCAUGAAGCGAAUUAUUGAAAUCAACGAGGAGUUUGCAUAUGCAAUCGUGGAGCCCGGAGCUACCUUCUUUGAUUUGUAUGAGGCUGUUAAAGAGCGCGGCUUGAAGCUCUGGCCGUCUGUGCCAUCACUGGCAUGGGGUUCUGUGCUGGGAAAUACCCUGGAUCGAGGGUUCGGCUAUACCCCUGAAGGGGAGCACGCGCAGAUGCAGUGUGGGAUGGAAGUUGUUCUUCCGAAUGGUGAACUCGUCCGGACAGGCAUGGGAGCUAUGGAAGGGAACAAAUGCUUUGCUUUGUACAAGGGAGGACUAGGCCCUAGUGUUGAUGGUCUCUUCUUCCAGUCUAACUUAGGCGUGGUCACGAAAUUGGGAAUACACUGCAAUCCGGCUCCAGAGGCAUUUAUCCGCUGUGAGGUAUUCACUCCCCGAGAGGAAGACCUCACUGCUCUGAUUGAUAUCUCGACGGACCUUCUUCGUCGUCGGAUUUUGUCCAACUCUCCCGGCAUCACCAACAUUCUCGGAAAAAUCUUGGCCGCGGGAGAAGAUAGUGCCGUCCGCGCGAAGAUUGCCCCUUACAUUGGACACAGCGCCAUCCCAAACGAGGUUGUGAAAGAGAUCCAAAAAGUUAAGCAAUGGCCAUGGUGGGUCAACCUGUUCUCGCUGUACGGACCUCCCGAGAUUAUUAAAGUGCAGCGCGACGUCGUGCAGCGCGCUUUUGAGGCCAUCCCUGGGUCCCGUAUCAACUGGGAAUUACACACGAGCCCACCAGGAGAGUUCUUGGACGCGGAAAUAAUUGGGCCAACACCGGAGAUUCUCCCUCAAACUGGCCGUCCCACCCUCCACUCGUUGUCAUGCCUGGAGUUUCGUGGGAAAGGCGCCGGUCAUAUUGCGUUCGCACCGGUGCUGCCUCCAUCGGGGCGUGACAUGUACGAGUGGUAUCUGGAGGCAAAGGAACUGACCAUGACAGCCGGGUUCGACUUCCUGGCUGACUUCCACCUGUUUGCGCGAUAUGUAAUUCCCAUCGAUCUAGUAUUAUUCACCGCUUCCGAGCAGGACACCAUGGCGUCACUGUUGAGAAAGCUGACCGACAUGACUGCUCAAUUGGGGUACACGGAGUAUCGGACUCAUGUCAGCUUUAUGGAUGAUGUGGCAUCACAUCAAAAUUUUAACAGCGGGGCUAUGGGACGAUUGAAUGCUUCCUUGAAGGAUCUCCUGGACCCCCGUGGGGUGUUGUCGCCGGGAAAGUCGGGUGUGUGGAAUUCCAGCGCGAAGUGA